AUGGGCUACCUGGGCGCUCAGCCUUCAUGCUUCCUCUGCAAGUGGUCUACCGAAACCAGACUGUUCGACCGCUCGAGCAGCUGUUCUGAUGAAUCCUCAAUUCGUGGAUGGGCACCGCAGCCCCACGCAAACCGUCCAUAUGUCAUUGGUCGCGUGGUUUUCUCCUUGCUCUGCUGCCCUUACCUCGCAUCUUACAUAACCCACCGCGGCCAGAGGUCCUCUCGAAUCGGAGCGAACAUCGCGCAGAGAACCCCGCGUCUUUUGGCUGCACUACAGCUGCAGCUCCAGCUGAAGCCCGGGGUUGAAAGUGAGGAGAAGCCCCCCGUACCCGUACUCCAAGGGUACCAAAUGCAGAAGGCCGCGUCACGGAAUUCGGGUUUAACAGAAGAUAGUCUACUUUUGCCAAAUGCCCAGCCCCUCUUGGCUGAGGCUUGGGGGCUACGAGAGUGGAUGAGGACACCAAACUCGACGAUAUUGGAGAGAAUCGUUGCCCCUCUCCAAGUUUCCCGCGGCGCCAGCCUUCGCGCACAUAUGCCGCAUCGCGACGACCGCGUGGAAAGUCUGGAAUGCUCGGAACGCUACCAGGCACUUGGGUUUUCGCCGUGGACGAUUUGGGGGAGAUUUGAAUUGCUCGCCGGAAAUCGAACUGAUCGACGGGAGCGAACUGAAGCGUCUGACAGGCUGGCGUUAGCAACAAGCCCCAUCAAGGACGGCUUUCCUCUUUGCCUUGCUGCCGUGGUGCGUCUGCCGCAUCGCCGUUAUCGCGAGCCAACCAACUCGUAG